AUGUCCAUCAACCAUCAAGGCAAUAAUCCACGUACGGUUGUGAGCAGUUCACCAGCAAAACACGUAGAGGUUACAGAGAAGCCAGCAGCAGCAAGCAAGAUUGAGCGUUCACGGAUGGUGGCCGAGGCCGUGGUGCAGGCAUCAUCGGUGUUCGCCGCCUUCGACAAGGACGGCGACGGCAAGGUGUCGGCCGCCGAGCUGCGCGGCUCCAUGACGGCAGCGUUGGGCGAGGAGGUGUCCGAGGAGGAGGCCGCGGCGAUCCUGGCCACCGUGGACGCCGACGGCGACGGGCUGCUGGACCAGGAGGAGUUCUCCCGGCUCGGGCUCGGCGCCACCGGAGACGACGGUGGAGCGGCCGGAGGCGACGACGACGAGGAGGUGAGGCGGCGGUGCCUCAAGGAGGCGUUCGCCAUGUACGCGACGGGGGGCGGCGAGGAGGGCGCCAGGAUCACGCCGGCGAGCCUGAGGCGGAUGCUGGGCAAGCUGCUGGGGUCGGAGAAGAUGGGGCUGGAGGAGUGCAGGGCCAUGAUCUGCAGGUUCGACCUCAACGGCGACGGCGUCCUCUCCUUCGACGAGUUCAGGGUCAUGAUGAUGGCCAAUUUGUAAACGAUGGUUUCAUUUCAUUCGUUAGUUCUUCUUUUGUUUUUUUGACAUGUGGUUGCAGUUGUUCACAUGUUGGAUGUUUCAAUUGUAUGUUGGGGUUUGGAUGUGAUGCUUAAGUUUUGUUUUGUUCUUCUUUAUCUUUUCAAUUUUGAUGAUGAAGAGAAGUUGAGGGUGUCAUGUUAUAAAUAAGCUCAUACCUCUUCCUAUUUGACAUGUAGUUCACUGAUAAGAAUAUUGUUCAUGGUUAUU